AUGAGGCAGCGCCGGUGGUUAGAAUUGUUUAACGAUUAUGAUUGUGAUGUUCUAUACCAUCUUGGAAAGGCCAAUAAGGUGGAAGAUGCUCUGAGUCGGCAGUCGAUGGCGUACAUGAUGACAGUGCGAGAAAUGCCCUUGGAACUGCAAGGUGACAUGUCUACGUUGGAACUCGAGGUAGUUGUUGGCAAAUUAGCAAAUCUUUCAGUGCAAUCCACCAUUAUGGAAGCCAUACAAGGAGGACAACUUUUGGAACCUUUGUAUGAGUAUAUCAAACACGAGGUGAGGAAGGAUAUGCGACCGGGAUUCCACAUAUCAGAAGAUGGGGUUUUAGGAUUUAAAGGUAGAAUUUUUGUUCCCAAAGAUACAGAGAUUAAGAACCAAAUCUUCUAUGAGGCACACAAUGCCCCUUACGCAAUGCACCCUGGCACCACAAAAAUUUACCAGGAUUUAAGGAAAUAUUUUUGGUGGCCGAAGAUGAAAAAGGAAGUAGCAAAAUACAAGGCUCAUUACCUCACUUGCCAACAAACCAAGAUUGUACGACUUCAUGGAGUACCUAAUUCCAUCAUUUCAGACCGAGACGGACGUUUCACCUUGACAUUUUGGAAAAUGAUGCAAGAAGGUGUGGGGACUCAACUUAAUUUUGGCACUGCUUUCCAUCCCCAAACAGAUAGCCAGAAGGAAGUGGACAAAGUUACCGAGGAUAUCAAGAAGAUUCGAGAGAGGCUGCAGACCUCCAUAAAUCAACAUCGCAAAUAUGUGGACCAACGCCGAAGACCCUUGGCAUUUGAAGUUGGAGAUACGAUGCCCUUGAAGGUGGCUCUAUUUAAGGGAGCUCUGCUUUUUGGAAAGAAAAGAAAAUUAAGUCCAAGGUAUAUUGGACCUUUUGAGAUAGUGGAGAAAAUCAGCAUGGUAGCCUACCGACUAGCUCUCCCACCUGCGUUGGCUUGA